AUGAUAGGGUUACUAUACUUUCGACCUGCACUGCGCUCCAACAAGCCCUCCCAUGCUCCGGCUCCAGUAGCCACCAUUGAAUCCCACGAUGAACCACCAGUUCACUUAGUCCCGAGAACCUCUCCACUGCACUCCAACAGCGCCCAGCGCAUCAUUGCCCAGGCAUACCACCAGCACAAAGCACGACAAGCGCACGCAGCCCAGUUUGCACUCACCAUGGCAGAACUCCUACACUGCCCACCUACACCACGUCCCAGUCAGCCACUCAUUUCUGCUGUCCCCCCUAAGGCCCUCCCAAUCUUGGAUGUACCUGACACAUGGGAAGAAUUGACAAACAGUGAUGAAGAUUGUAGCAGUUCUCCAAACACUUCUUGA